AUGGUCGACGACCUCAACCCUUGGUCUAGUCAGGAUUUGGUUGGCGAUGAUCUCACAGCAUCACUGUCGGAGCUUGCACCCCUAGACUUUUCCAAUAUUCACUUUCAGGAUGACUUGUUCACCGUCGACAAAACCGAGAUUGCUGAGGCCCAUGAGGGAGAUACUACCAUUACAGACAAAGCCGGCGGUACUGAGGAGCAAGUCAUCCGAGCUGAAGGUGAUACCAUGGACACCGGAAGCGAAACUACUGAUAUCAAGGAGAUUGCCACCGAAACUGACGAUAUCGAGGUGGAUCUCUCCCCUGCGAAGCGCCACAAGAAGGACUCCAAGCAGUACGGAGCAGUAUGCCUAGUCUCUCGAGACGACGGACCAACACUUUGUCGCUCAUUGCUGCCGUUGUCCGACCUGGACAAGAUCAACGAAACCCUGCAUAAGUUGGGACUGGAAACAGAGAGGCACACCCACAACAUUGACAUCUUCAACACCCUCCUCAACAUCCACUCCUGGAUUGUCAAGGUUUCACAGCAGUUCUACAAGCUCGGCCUCGAUACAAGUCUCCCAAUCCUCCCUUUUCUUUCAAACUUGACGGCCUCGUCCAACGAAGAGACUGCUACGGAUAUUACGCCUCCAACCCUGGCCGGCAGAAAUCGACCUCCGUUGACACUGGCAGAUCUUGAAUCACCAGAAGGAUACCAAGAUUCGCCGAUCAAUCUGAACUCCAAACACGAUCAGAAGCAUGCGGCUAGACCCGAGCAGCUUUCGAGGCGUAUCGAUCGACACACACAGGGUCAACAUCAGCAGGAACCCAAACUUCACGACAUGUGGGCGCAGCACGUCGGGUUCCCGGUGUUUGGAGCUCAGGUUGCUCCAAGUGAACAUGAGCAGUGGACACAAAGACUAUACCCAAGGGAAGCUUGCGAUGGGGGCCUGGCCCAUCGAGACCAAGACCAGCCCUGUUGA